AGCAUUCCGAGGCGUGGGAAAAGCACUUUCAAGUUUUAACGUCGUAUUACAAACAGUUAAACAUAAGUCUCUCCCGCCACUUUUGUCAUACAAAAUGAUGUCCACUAUAUCAAACCACUACUGUUCAUUUCUUAAACACUGCUGCGAAACCCACAACCAAGCCGAACUCAAAAAGCUUCACUGUCUCAUAAUCAGAACCAUAGUAAACGCAGAAACAUUCUUGCUCAACAAUGUCGUUAACUCAUACAAUAAAUUAGGCAACUUAAGCUAUGCACGCAAGGUAUUUGAUCAAAUUCCCCAACCAAAUCUUUUUUCUUGGAACACUGUUUUAUCGGUGUACUCGAAGCCUGGAAGGGUGGUGGAGAUGAAUGAUAUUUUUUAUCGGAUGCCUCGACGAGAUGGGGUGUCGUGGAAUUUGGUUAUUUCGGGGUAUGUUGCGUGUGGGAUGAGUGCGAAGGCGGUUGAGGUUUAUAAGAUGAUGGUGAGGGAUGGGGUGAGGGAUUUGAAUAGGAUUACAUUUUCGACGAUGCUGAUUUUGUCAUCGAAUAAGGGGUAUGUUGGGUUGGGGAGGCAGAUUCAUGGGCAGGUAGUGAAAUGUGGUUUUGGCUCGUAUGUUUUUGUGGGGAGUCCUCUUGUAGAUAUGUAUUCGAAAUCUGGAUUGAUUUAUGAUGCGGAAAGGGUGUUUGAGAGGUUGCCGGAGAGGAAUGUGGUUAUGUAUAAUACAAUGCUGAGUGGUUUAUUGCGGUGUGGUAUGGUUGAGGAAUCAAAGUGUUUGUUUCAUGGUAUGCCUGAAAAGGAUUCAGUUUCUUGGACAACAAUGAUUACUGGAUUUACCCAGAAUAGCUUAGGGAGAGAAGCGAUUGAUUUGUUUAGGGCAAUGAGAUUGGAAGGUUUAGGUAUUGAUCAAUUUACCUUUGGAAGUAUCUUAACAGCGUGUGGUGGACUUGUGGCCUUGAGGGAAGGAAAACAGAUCCAUGCUUAUGUUAUGAGGACAAAUUAUAUGGAUAAUAUAUUUGUCGGGAGUGCUCUUGUUGACUUGUAUUCUAAAUGCAGAAACAUUAAGUAUGCAGAGACAGUUUUCAGAAGAAUGAACCACAAAAACAUAAUUUCAUGGACCGCAAUGGUGGUGGGAUAUGGGCAGAAUGGGUACAGCGAAGAGGCUGUCCGGAGCUUUUGCGAAAUGCAGAGAAUGGGUAUUGAGCCAGAUGACUUUACUCUUGGAAGUGUAAUUAGCUCGUGUGCCAAUCUGGCAACCAUAGAAGAAGGUGCCCAGUUUCAUGGCCAAGCACUUAUUUCUGGCUUGAUAUCCUACAUUACUGUUUCUAAUGCACUUGUAACCUUGUACGGAAAGUGUGGAAGCAUAGAAGAGUCCCAUCAAUUGUUUGAUGAGAUGAGAUUAAAGGAUGAAGUCUCUUGGACUGCAUUGGUUUCGGGGUAUGCUCAAUUUGGAAAAGCCAAAGAAACUAUUGAUUUGUUUGAGAAUAUGUUGGCUCAUGGUCUGGAACCUGAUGGGAUUACAUUCAUUGGGGUCCUUUCAGCUUGCAGUAGGGCAGGUCUAGUGGAUAAAGGCCGUCAGUAUUUUCAAUCUAUGAUUGAAGACCAUGGAAUUAAGCCUAUUCUUGAUCAUUACACGUGCAUGAUCGAUUUAUUCAGUCGAGCUGGACAGUUAGAUGAAGCAAAAAGAUUUAUAGAAAAAAUGCCUUACCGUCCCGAUGCUGUUGGAUGGUCCACUUUGCUAAGCUCAUGUAGAAUUCGUGGUGAUUUUGAUAUUGGAAAGUGGGCAGCUGAGUCUCUGUUAGAACUAGAACCCCAAAACCCUGCAAGCUAUGUUUUGCUUACAAGCAUGUAUGCUGCUAGGGGAAAUUGGGUUGAAGUGGCCCAGUUAAGGAGAGGAAUGAGAGAAAAGGGUAUUAGGAAAGAACCAGGUUGUAGUUGGAUCAAAUAUAAGAGUAAGUUGCACAUUUUCUCAGCCGAUGAUAGGUCAAGCCCAUAUGCAGAUCAGAUAUAUGAUAAGCUGGAGACAUUGAACAGUAGAUUGAUUCAGGAAGGUUAUGUGCCUGAUAUGAGUAACAUUAUGCAUGAUGUUGUUGAGUCGGAAAAAAUUAAGAUGCUUAACCACCAUAGUGAGAAACUAGCAAUUGCCUUCGGUUUGAUUUUUAUUCCUCCUGACCUCCCCAUUCGCGUGGUUAAAAACCUCAGGGUAUGUGGGGACUGCCACACCGCAACUAAGUUCAUAUCCAAAGUUACGCAAAGAGAGAUUCUUGUACGGGAUGCAGUCAGAUAUCAUCUUUUUAAAGAUGGAACUUGCUCAUGUGGUGAUUUCUGGUAAUGGGUCUCUGGAUGGUGCUCAUGCUAUUGACACUAAAAACAUUAUGCAGGUGCAGAACAUCAGAAAGUUAUGGAGGAAAACUCUGAGUGCUUUGCACCUACCAAGUCCGCUGUGGAUGUUAGGUGGACGCUUGCCUGGUGAAAACUGUGGAGAACCUAGUUGAGGAGAAAGGCAGCCGUGAAGGAGCUGUGUUUCCGAGUUCAAGUUAUAAAAGAAAAGAACGGAAAAUUGAUUAUUUUCUAUUCUCUCCAAAUCUUUAAGUAUCUUUUCCUUUCCUUCUCAUAAUAUCACUCAGGAGCAUGUCGAAGAAAUUAAAUAAAACCCUGGAACACUGCAUUAAAGAAGCAUGUGAAAGUACCUGCAACUGUGUGCAGAUCCCAAUGACUUCAGCAAGAGGUGCCCAGUCCCCAAAAUUUCUUUCAAUGAACUGGUAUGCAAUUCCAGUUUUUCCUUUGCCAAUAAUAAACAGUCCUCCUUUUAUAUCCCCUUCUCCUCUAUAGUUAUGCUCUAAACCCAUAGCUUUUGCGCGCUUGUAGUUUGCUAUAGCCCGGGGAUUGAGAAGAAAUCCUGAUAUAAAGUUUUCUUUCAUUAGAUUCCCACCACCCAAAGCUUUGAAAAAUUCUCUGUUCUUGUCUAGGAUUACGGCACCACUCCAAUAUCUGGGCCAGAAGUCCUUUACCUGUCCAGCAUGAAAUAAAGACUUUGUCAAGAUUGCAGAAUGACUAAAAUGUUUUACCCUGGUCGACGGAUGCAGAGAAGUACAGCUGGUUUGUGGCACCAAAGUUCUGAAGCUUUCAUUGGAGGUGUCUUUGUCUUUAUCAAAUGUUCCAUUCCGUUUUUAUAUUCCGGAGUCAGUUUUUGAACUGAGAUAUUUUGAAUAGUAGAAUAUGGAGCAACAUUUUUAGCUACAGAAGGAGGCAUCACACAACCACACCCUCUGGGCUCAUCAGGCAUCGCUGCCACGAUCCCCUUAUAAAUAUGAUCAUCUUUCAAUUUAAAAUCAGACAGGGAGUGCUGAUUUGUCACACUAUUAGCAAUACUGUUGCUCUUUAGUGGGACUCGUCUCACGCUUUGCAGUUUCCUCGAGCUGGCAGACAUAAGCUCCCCCUUGUAGUUGUUGUUGUUUGUGGUAGGUACCUGUCUUUGCCUCUCUGGAAGAGUGAUUGAUGCAGGUGAUGGCUUCUCUGAGCAUUCACUUGUUCUGUUCAUGAAACGUGCAAUGUGGCCCCUUUUCAUACCAAACUGAAAAGAGAGUUCUGCAGUAUUUAAGUUGAGAAGCUCGGCGAGACAUUUUCCUGAUGCCUCUAGCUUGUCUCCAUAUUGGAUCAGUGAAUGAUCAUGCAGGUAUGACCUUAUUUCUAGUGCAUCCUUCAGUAGAUCACAGAUAGCUUUUAAGUAUCACUUUUAAUUAUAGCAUGUAUAAUCAGUAGAAAAGUAAAAUGCAUUUUGUGCAGAGAUUAUGCAUUGGAUUAUAUAGUUAUAGUUACUACUGUAAACAUGAGUUAUAAGACCAACCUUUUGUUCUCGGGUCAUGUUUAUCUCAACCAUAUCCUCCGAAUUCAUUACCUUUAACGUAAGCACGUCAUCCCAGCCAUCUUCAAACAACUUUGGGAGUAAUUCCUUCAAGGAUCCAUUUCCAACAAAAUCCUCAACAGAUGUAGAAGCCAUCUUCUUGUCUCACCGUGUUGAUACUUUCAGAUAACUGCCUUAAUACUUGUAAACAUAGGCUAAAAUGAGAUAUAUAUAUAUAUAUAUAUAUAUAUAUAACCUUGAAAAUUGUUGAAAACGGCCCUACUUCAUGUCAACCUGGCUUGAUUUGACAAAGAGCAUUUUAUUAUUCCACAUAAUAUACUUUGAUCAGAACAACCAACAUGCUCCAUGUCCCAUAUGGUAGAAAUUUUAGUUGGAAAAAUGCUGUUAGUACUUUUUCUUCUUUUUACUAUGUUUCUUCAGUCUUGGAGCUGACCUAUUAGCCUAAGACACCACUUGGCAUUAUUGUGGCAGACAACAACAACUUUUUGCUGAAAAACCAUUGAAAAAUUAUUUGUUAAAUCUAAAAGCAACUUUCGGAACAACACUUUUUAGUCCAAAAACUGCUUUUAGAAGCAGUUCUUCGCGUGCUUUUGGAAAAAGCUGUUUUCCAGCUUUUGCGGGAAGCUGUAAUAGAUUUUAAUAUUAAACCUCGCCAAAAACAUCAUUUUUUAUAUUAUAGCUCAAAUUAUGCAAAUACAAAAAAAAAUUACCAAACAAUUAUCUGAUUUCUACACCAACACUUUUUUUGAUAGCACAACAAUUUUUAAUAGCACUCCCAAACAAACUCUGAAUGGGGUAAAUAAACUAUCUAUAACCAGAAAGAAAAGUUUUAGAUUAGAAGUCGGAGGAGGAUUGAAAUGCUGAUUUUUUGUUUGUACUUGUGUCGUUACUGGCACAAUUUUCGACUCCUAUCUUUACAGACAAAUGUGAUUAACUUUGUCACCUUCAUUGCCCUUUGAGUGAUACAAUGCUUGACAGAAAUAAGGCGAGGCGGCAAGCCUACAAAUAAAGGAAACAAUAUUUGGACAGGGGGUGAGACAGAAAAGAUAGUGAUACAUUGAUGUGUGACUGCAUGAGCAUUUGAGACUCCAAUGUUAUUGUUACUCUGAUAGAUGAAGUUUGCAUUAGAAUAUCAACAAUAGGUGCAUUUGGCUUCACUUGAGUGUCAGCAGUUUAUUUGAUAUUGCAGCCGGCCAUCC